AUGCCUAUCAUACAUGAUCUUCCCAAUGAGCUGCUGCUGGAAAUUCUUUCAUACCUCGACUACUUCGACGUUAGAGACUGCUCGGGAACCAGUAGGACGCUGAGAGCCAUCGCCUAUCACCCUGCUCUGGACCACAAAAUGUUCCGCGCCAAACAUGUCAAACACGAAGACGAUACCAUCGACAUGGGUACCUUCGUCUGUCAUCCUUAUGUUCAACAGACGACGUUCUACAAAGUCAUGUUGCUGCCCGAGGAUCCCUUUCUCGUCAUGGCAGAGUACGUCGAUGAAUACGACCGAGAGAACGGAUUCCCGGUUCUUCAUGCCCGAGGGCACGAGCACAAUGCAACAUCACCCCCAGUCAGCCGCAUCAACUUUGACGGACUUGUCAUCGAGGACAAGGAUAAGGACGCUGUCACUGUUGGUCAAGUCUUGGAGGAACUUGUCCGUCGCAACGUCAGGCAGUACGAGGAUAGCGAAUGGAAUAGCUAUAGCCAAGGCACUAUCGCAUGUGGCUGGUACCCAGUUGGACAUGAACCUGGAGAGAAGAGCCAGAAGCAUCUGAAGAAGGAAUGCAAAGAUAUCGUGAUGUAUACUUACUGGUACAACUGA